UCAUUACUUGUAAACAAAAGUUGUGCCAAUGUGCCAAAGUGGCAAACGUUGGCUAUAUAAGCGCUAAGCCGAGCACUACGGUUUGCAAUCCAAAGAAGCUACACACUUUACAAAAAACAUGAGUUCUGCUUUGAUCACGACAUUGACUCUGUUAGGAGCAGCGCUACUGCUACCCGCAUCUGAGACACGUUACACAUCAAUUAACGUCAACUUAGCCAUGACCGUGUCGGAGGAUUCGCAUCGCUUGACAGAGGAUAUGGUGCGCAUCUGCGCAGAGGAGACAAACAUUUCCCUGGAAGAACUGCACAGGUUCCGUCAAAAUGACUUCAAGUCGAAUACCUCAGAGGCAACUCAAUGCUUUGCACAUUGCGUAUACGAGCAAAUGGGCCUAUUACGUGACGGAGUCUUUGUGGACCGCGACUUCAUACGCACUUUGGCUGCUGCUACUGAUCCAAACACCAUUUUGGCAGGAAAGGAAUGCUUCAACAUUAAGGGUGAGAACAAGUGCGAGACGGCCUAUAAAAUACAUCAAUGCCGCUACGAGCACAAAAUGCGCGGCAUUCCAAAGGAAACAGCAACCACAGAACCAAAUGACAAAAGCACCGCAACAGCAACGGAUUUGUUAGUUUGAAGUUCUUUGAAGGAUGCGGAUAGUGUAAUUCUACAGGAAGCAUUUUAAUUAUAUUUAAUGUUUUUGCUAAAAAUGUUUAAG